AAAAUAGGGACUUUUAUUUUGGUUCUCGGAGCCUGUCGUGUGGUGACGUCAUAAGGAGUGCGCUGUUGCUCGUCUUUCGGUUGAGGGAAGAUUGAUGUUGUUGUGUGUUGAGUUCAUCUAUAAAUACUGUGAAGAAGUCAAACAAGCAGCUGCUGUCUCAACACAUUCAACUACUCUACUAUUCUGAUCCACUGUUGUAAUGAUGGAGUGUGUUAAAGACGAGACUGAUCCUGAAUCAUUCACAAUAACACCUCAACAUACUCAACAACAAACAGACUUGGUGGAAGUGAAAGAGGAGGAUCAAGAACGCAAUGAAAUGAAGGAUGAAGAUCAGGAUCACAAUUUUCUGAUUGACAGCUGCUCAGAAACUGACGAGAAUUCCUCUCAAGAAAGAAUUGAAGCCAAAAAAUCUUUUGCGUGCCAUCUUUGUGUUAAGACUUAUUCAAAAAAAGGUCAACUAACGCGUCACCUAAGGAUUCACAAUGAGGCGCCUCACGCAUGCUCCCACUGUGAGAAGACUUUCAUCCAUAAAAGUAAACUUACGCGUCACAUGAUGAUUCACACAGGUGAGAGGCCUUUUGCCUGCCCUCAGUGUGAUAAAAGUUUCAUUAGCAAAGGAAAACUUAAUGUUCAUAUAAAUACUCACAGUACUGAAAGGCCGUACAUCUGCCCUCAAUGUGGAAAGACUUUCCCAUGUAAAGAAUAUCUUCAUAAGCAUUUAAUAACUCACAAUCAGACAAAGCCUUUCUCAUGCCAUCAGUGUGGAAAGAGUUUUUCGUAUAAGAGAAGCUUAAAUGCUCAUGUGAGACGGCACAUUAGUGACGGGUCGUUUACCUGCUCUUACUGUGAAAAGAGUUUCUCAUUUAAAACAAAUCUAGAGAAUCACAUACGAAUUCACACUGGAGAGAAACCUUUCACAUGCCCUCAGUGUGAUAAGAGCUUUACACAACAGGGAGCUCUUAGGUAUCACAUACGAGUUCAUACAAAUGAAAGACCUUUUUCUUGCCAUCUGUGUGAUAAGAGUUUUAAACAGCAAGUAGCUCUUGAGUAUCACAUGGUAAUUCAUACAGGUGAAAAGCCUUUUUCAUGCCAUCUGUGUGAUAAGAAUUUUAAACAACAAGGAUCUCUUCGGUAUCACAUGGGAAUUCAUAAAGAUGAGAGGCCUUUCUCGUGUCAUCUGUGUGAUAAGAGUUACAUAAAUGCAAACGGUCUCAAACUUCAUUUGCAGGUUCACUCAAAUGAAAGACCUUUUAGCUGUGAUCAGUGCGAUAAGAAGUAUUUUUCAGCAUCUCGGCUUAAAGAGCACCUAAAGACUCAUUCAGAUGAGAGGCCGUAUUUGUGUUCUGUUUGUGGGAAGAGUUUUCAAUCACACAGAAAAGUUAAGGAGCACCAGAAAACACAUACAGGCGUGAGAAAACAUGUGUGCUCUGUGUGUGAAAAAGCCUUUCUGAAAUCCUCAGACCUAAAGCGGCACCAAAAGAUCCAUGAAGAAAAACCCUGAAAGUGCUCACAUUGUUGAAAGAGUUUUAUUGAGUCUUGGAAGCUGAUAAAACACAAGUGACUGUAUAUCUCACAGAGAAAAGCACUGUCCACAAGAGGGGGGAAAGAUCAACUUCAGGCCUAGUCCACACGGACACGGGUAUUUUUUUUAAAGGUGACAUAGAAUGAUUGGACAGAGUAUUUAUCUUUGUUCUGUGAUGUGACAUGUAGACAAAAACAUUUUUGUUUGGGUCUGUAAUGCCUUAGAAGCUUCCUAAAAACCUCUCUCAGAUAGCUCUAUUAGGGUGGGGGGAUUUUAAACAAGCGGUUUUGCACCUAUUUGGCUCCCCCUACUGGCUUAACUUGCAAUCUCAUUACUGAUUGGCUGACUUUGCUGCCACUCAAAAAAUGUAGCCAAUUAUUUUAAAGUGGAAGGGCAGUUAGAUGCCUGUGAUGUCAUAAGCAUCAGUUUUUCAGAUUGGGCUGUUUUCUGGCUGACAUUUCUAAAAGAGGAAUUUCUAUGAGACUGAGAUGUUUAGCAUGUUAAGCACUUUUUGUAUGUUUGUGAAUGUGGGUAGACUACCAUUAUUCAACAAAGACAAGGUAAAAAUUUUUCAUUCUCUGUCCCCUUUAACCGGAGUAUUUCCUCCAAAAAAUCCUGUCCACGCAUGCUCGGUUUAAAAGAAAUCUCUGUCCUCAUGAAAAAGCAAAAAACACGCUAACAAGCGCUGUCAAGAGCAUGCCACACCAGCAGGCGGUGAGAUAACUCCAAUCGUAAAGACACCUUGGCCAAUCAGCAGCCUGGCAGGGGUUUUCAAAAAUGUUUGGUUUCAGUGCUAUGUUACUGCGUUUUCGUGUGGACAAAUGGCCGAACCGUGUAAAAAAGGCACGGUUAUAAAAAUACUUGUUUCUGUGUGGACAAGGCCUCAGUCUUUGGGUCCAUGCAGAUGGUAACCCCUCUUCCGCUGGGGCGGGCUCUGUGUCAGCACGUGGGCUGCAUGAUAAAUUGCAUGUGAUUGUCAUGCGCAUCUCAUCAGUGAAGCCGGUAGUUAAUCACCAUCACCUGCUUUCAGAUGGAGCAGCAUUUACUACACAAAGCCGUACUUCACUGAUAAACGGGGCAAUUUCGCAUUAAUUAUCGUCUGUGAUAGUAUAUUUUGUAGCUUGUAAUUGAACUACGCCUUUGUGUAGUAAAUGCCGCUCCAUCUGAGAGCAGUUGAUGGCGAUUUACUAUUUCGCGUUGUGCCGCAUUACCACCCUGGGUGAGUAGGGGAGAUCAGGGGUGAAAGGACUAUUUUUCAGAAAACUUAAUUUUAAAAGCGAAUGUUUUAGAAAGAGAUAUCAUUUUGCUGUGGUUGAUAACUCUCAAGUGUGGUUUAUCAAUACCAGGUGAAAUUUUGAACAAAUGUAAAAUGACUUCAGUAUAAUUUCACUUUGGACAUGGGUAUUUCGGCCACGACAGCUUUGAUGAAAGUAACACAACAGAACAAGAUAGAUUUUUGUGUUACACUUGUUUUUAGUAAAUAUACAUGACUAUGACCUUGUUAAUAUGAAACUGAAAGCAUAUUUUGUCAUUUAUCUUUGCAAGAAAUAAUAAAAUCAAACUACAUUUUCAUUUUA